AGCACUACUUUUGUAGCAAGGUGCCAAGCGUCUAGAUACGAGAAAUCUGCACACAGCCAGCCUGUUGAAUAUAGUUAGCUAGCUCGCUUAUUUGAUCGUUUUAGGGUAAAAGAGGACAUAUACACAUGUCAAUGACAAGUAAUGUUAAACUUGUUUAAUGCCAUUUGACAUUCGGCAAACGAGUCAAGCUGUUCGCCUAAACAGAGACAUUAACUUUAGCUAGGUAGUGAAGCAAGGGUCACACAACCUUUUUCACUAUGUUGAAAUUCAGCUUCAGGAGGGAGAAAGACAAGGAGUUUAAGCAUAUAGCUCAUGGUUUGAUCCCUGCCGCCUCCAUUGCUCCCAAGCCUGCUGUGCCUCGUACCCCGCCCCCACGCAGCCCAGACCCCUCACCUGAGAGACCCAGAUCCGCCUUAGCAGCAGCCAUCUUGUCUUCUUCGCUCACUGGACAGACAUGGGCCAUCCCCCCUGUCUGGCCAAGGUCUUUGUCUGAGAGUGGCCAAUCAGAGUCCUUCAUAUCUGAACCAAACAUCAGCACAGAACUUUUCCUCAGAGAUAGAUGGUCAGAAGAUUUGGCUAGCCGACCACGCCUGUCCUCCCCUGACCACUCAGAGGACGAGUUAGAAGACAAGGAAGAAGAGGAGGUGGAGAGUGAAGAGGACAGGGAAGAACAUGUUUACCAAACUCUUGACAGACCGGAGAAUUGCCCAAUCACAGAACCUGUCUAUUCCCUGCCACUAAAAGCUAAGACCAGUACACCCCAUCUGAAUCAGAUGUCUGGCAAAAGAGGGCCUUCUCCAGAUUACCCUGAGGAAACCAGUGUCCAGUCUCCUGAAGCCAGCGGUGGUUCUUCCAAGAAGAAAACCUCUGUCAGGAAGAGCCGUGGAAGUUGGAGAGAAGAUUUGCCAUCCGCACUAUCCAUCCUAACCACCGACCAACCCAGCCAAGCCAAAAACCCCAAACACCCCACCCAGCUGUCUCCAGAGCCCAGCAGGGCAUGCAGUGAGGCGCAGAGGGACAUAGCGUGGGCCCUGCCAGAGAAGAACACAAGGAUGGUAGAUGAACAAAAGUUACUGGAGGAGAGACUGCAACGGCUGGAACAGGAGAUCAGUCACAGCCAAGCCUCCUCAAACCUGAGGUCGUCUGCAGGCAGCCAGGCAGAGCUACUGAAUUUGAGGCAACAUGCUCAGGAGCUAGUGGAUGAAAAUGACGCCCUCAAAUUGACAGUGCACCGUCUGAAUGUGGAGCUGAGCUGCUACCAAACCCACUUCAGACCACUGUCCAAACAGGAGAGCUCCAGAAUCAAUGGCUUACCAAAGACGGGGUCUCCUCCUCCCUGGCUGCUUGAUAUGAAGUAUUUAUCUCCUUUGUUGCUGGCCUAUGAAGACAGGAUGAACGAGAAAGAUGCACUUCUGCAAACCACUGAGGAAGAGGUGAAGAGGUUGCGUGUUCAUGUAGAGGAGCUGAUCAAAGAAAAUGAGAGACUCCAUGAUGAAAUCGCAAAGGUCGGAGGCAUCAGCCAGAAGAACUGUCAUCAACUACAACAACAGGCCCUUCUGGUUUUGCAGGAGAACCAGGUCCUGAUUGAUCAGCUCGAGGGUCAGCAUGUUAAGGCCAAGGCCAGCCACACCAGACACUAUUCUGAAGUUUCCAAGCUGUCUAAGCAACUGAUGUUGUUAGAGGCGGAAAAGCAGCGUUUGCUGGAGGACCUGGAAGAGAGCAGGACGGAGGUGCAGAAAAAUGGGAGGGACUUACAAGUCCUACAGGCCCGUCUGAAGGAUGCCAUCACCUGGGACGAACACUGCAAUGUUUCUGGGAAACUCAGACGACAACUGGAACAGCAGGAGAGUAGGAAUAAGAGUGAGAUGGAUGAGUUGCUUCUUAGAUUGUCCAGCCUGCAAGAGGAGAACAGGAGUCUGGCUCUGGAAAAAGCCAACCUGACUGCUGAUAUAAGGAGAAUGGAGGCUGAGCAGGAGCUCGCCAAACAAGCCAACAGGAAGGCUGAGAGGAGGAUGAGUGUAUUGAAGAGACAGAAGGAAGAGUGUGUGCUGAAAGAGGAAAAGACUCGGCAUUACAUGGGAGCUGUCAUUUCUGUGGCGGAGCACAUUUCCCAGGAGAGAGACCAACUAAUACAGAUGAUCAGUAACCCCCCGUCUUCCCUCUCUACCUCCCCAGGCUUCAGUUCUUCAGCAGGAAAAGCAGGGAUUCGUCAGCAGGAUUCUAAAUGGCACAGUUCAAUUCGGAAAACUACAGGAAGCAGUCAAAGUGUACCGAAAGCAGGCAUCAACCAGACUGGCAGUGUUGGAGGAGGCAGCGGAGGGGAGGACAGCUUCUUACCAGAGGGAGAUUCUCCACCUGCAGAGGCUGCUAAGAGAAAGACAGGAGGCUGAGGAGAGACUGCUGCAGUCCAAACGGGAAGUAGAGGAAGAGUUGGAGGUGGUGUGGCAGGCGGCAACCAGGGAGAACCAGCAGAUGAGGGAGACUCUUUUGGACUCAGGGCUCACUGCGGACCUCCACAGUCGGGCCAUUUCUGGCAGUGCCUCUCCUGGCUGGCUUUCUUAGGCUUCAGAUGACACCACGACCACUAUGCCAUCAGCAUUAACCACACAGCUCUGGCCUCUCUUCUUCACCUCUCAUCAAAGCCUUGGGCUCCAGAGAAGGUCCAUAAUUAAAUCUGACUCAGAUAACCAGAGCAACUACUUGGACGAGAAGCAUAAGCAUGGGCUGAAUUUCUAUGUAAGCUAAGCUCCUUAUCCAUAAACCAUAGGUGUUUUAACUCAUAAUGGAAAGAUAGACUGGGUACAUUUAGUUACAGUCCUAAACAUGUCAGCAUACAGGCAUCUGCCAGAUUGACUUUGUUACACAUAUAAAACUGCGCCAUCCUCUGUAACAAACUCAUAUUUAUAUUUGUAUUUAACUUUAUUGUAAGCAUGUCUCGUUUGUACAACGAAGGGGAGGCAAUAGUAGUCUGGGUAAAUUCACUUCUUAUUUUUUUUCCUGUAAGGGAAACUUAGUUUGGACAAAAGGAUUUCAGUAAAACAUAUAAAACAUUGGAGUGAAACAAAUCAUAAUGAAACAGCUGACUUUAUAACACAGCCUAGUUUUGACAGCGUGGCCAAAUAUACCUGACAUCAGUCUGGGUAGUGAGAAAGACUGCACUUUUUAUAAAGAUUUAUAAAAAGAUUGUUUUAUUUAUUUAUCUUUUAAAAUUCAUCUCAGGGUUUUAUAGACCAUGCCAAGUAUAAAAGAUUAACAAGUAUACCAAAUAGUGGAGAAAGUUGCAUUAUUUAGAUUAAUUAUCCUAAACAUAAAGAACACAGCCAUUGUUGCCACCUGCUGGGCACAUAUGAUAAUGGUAUUGUCAUUGUUACAGUGGCAGAGUUAAACAGUACAGAACAGGCAGACACGGAAAAGCUCUAUACAGGUACAGGUAGUAUGUUGAAAAUGAUCAAAAUGACAUUGAGUGAUUUAUCUGGAGGAAAUACUGUUGGUGGUAUUUCAGGGGACUUCUUGAAAUACCACCAACAGUAUCGCCACUAAAGAAAAAAUGAACACAAUAAAAGAGUAAUAAAGAGUUGAGGUAAAAUAAGUGUUUAUGCACAAAUAAAUUCACAUGUUUUUAUACGUGUGGCUCUAUUUUCACAUUAUUAUUAUUACUACCUUUGUUUAAACUCUUGGAUAAUAUGUUGGCUGAUUUUGCUAAUUUUGUCUUGCAAUUAAAUCUGCUUUCAGACACUGAAAGGGACUCAAAGUGUUAUUUAUUGGGAUAGUUUGUAUAAGAAAAACUCUUUUUCAACUACAAAGUAAAACCAGUAGGCUUUUAUUGUUGGGAGUACUCCUUAUCAAAUACAGACAUAACACUUACCAUUGACAAAGAUACAUGUCAUAGACAGGUUUUUCUGUGACUGAGACACCACAACAUCACCUCUUUGGCACUACCACAGUCCUGCUGGAUUAGACUGAUGCCACAAGGCAGAGUAGUGUCUGUUUAGAGAUGUACCACAAAUCCCUGCUGACGAACACAGACCAGCGUGACGGCUGUGCAGUGGCUCAGACAUGUAGCAUAGCUUUUAAGGGAUGAGGGAUACGCGUAAUACCUGGUGUAAUGGCAGAAUGUGCAGCUUGCCAACAAAUCCAAACAGCCAAAUCAUGGCAUUGAAUCUCUUAGCCACAGUGUCAUCAGCAAAAAAAAAUGUAUACGUAUGUGCUUUAAUAGACAGCAAUAAAAAAAAGUAACGUCAUAGUGACUGCUCUGUA